CCCGAGAGUCCCGGCGAGCCCGGGGAGGGGACGUGGGGCAGCUCCGCACACCUGGGGCGCGAGGCGGUGGUCCUAGGGGAGCCCCCGGUGCGGCGCCCAGAGGUCGUGGGCAGGGCUCGGCUGGUGGGGCCCUGGGGGCCUGAAGGAGAGGGGCGUCCGGGGGUGCAGGAAGCAAACUGGUUGCCUGGGGUGCAGGAGGGACAGGUGGUUCGCGCGGUGCAGGAGACGGUCUUGGCCGGCAAGGAGUCUCAGCAGGGAGCGGGGCCCCCAGAGGGCCCCGGGACCCGAAGGCGCAGGCGGAGGAGGAGGUGGUAGCUAGGAUUCCCGUGGGGAGCGCGAGAUGUAGGUGCGCGGGGUGUGGGCAGCUGCGAACUUGAACGCUGCUGUAAGCCGCCGCCCGGGGACAGGCAGUGGCUUGCGGGAUCAUCUUCUACCUCGCCUGGGCUUCACGGAGAGCAACUGAAAGCGGCAGAGGCUGGGGAGCACCAGCAUGCAGCCCGAGGAGGGCACAGGCUGGCUGUUGGAGCUGCUGUCCGAGGUGCAGCUACAGCAGUACUUCCUGCGACUCCGCGAUGACCUCAACGUGACCCGCCUGUCCCACUUUGAGUAUGUCAAGAACGAGGACCUGGAGAAGAUUGGCAUGGGCCGGCCUGGCCAGCGGCGGCUGUGGGAGGCUGUGAAGAGAAGGAAGGCCCUGUGCAAGCGCAAGUCAUGGAUGAGCAAGGUGUUCAGCGGAAAGCGGCUGGAGUCUGAGUUCCCCCCUCACCACACCCAGAGCACCUUCCGGAAGCCCUCGCCCACCCCGGGGGCCCCUGCGGGUGAGGGGCCCCUGCAGAGCCUCACCUGCCUCAUCGGGGAGAAGGACCUGCGCCUCCUGGAGAAGCUGGGGGAUGGCUCCUUCGGCGUGGUGCGCAGGGGCGAGUGGGACGCACCUUCAGGCAAGACGGUGAGCGUGGCCGUGAAGUGCCUGAAGCCUGACGUGCUGAGCCAGCCUGAGGCCAUGGACGACUUCAUCCGGGAGGUCAACGCCAUGCACUCGCUUGACCACCGAAACCUCAUUCGCCUGUACGGUGUGGUGCUCACACCGCCCAUGAAGAUGGUUACAGAGCUGGCACCCCUCGGAUCCCUGUUGGACCGGCUGCGGAAGCACCAGGGUCACUUCCUCCUGGGGACUCUGAGCCGCUACGCCGUCCAGGUGGCCGAGGGCAUGGGCUACCUGGAGUCCAAGCGCUUUAUUCACCGUGACCUGGCCGCUCGAAAUCUGCUGCUGGCUACUCGUGACCUGGUCAAGAUCGGGGACUUCGGACUGAUGCGAGCCCUGCCCCAGAAUGACGACCACUAUGUCAUGCAGGAACAUCGCAAGGUGCCCUUUGCCUGGUGUGCCCCUGAGAGCCUGAAGACCCGUACCUUCUCCCAUGCCAGCGACACCUGGAUGUUUGGGGUCACACUGUGGGAGAUGUUUACCUAUGGCCAGGAGCCCUGGAUCGGCCUCAAUGGCAGCCAGAUCCUGCACAAGAUUGACAAGGAGGGGGAGCGCCUGCCGAGGCCUGAGGACUGCCCGCAGGACAUCUACAACGUCAUGGUGCAGUGCUGGGCCCACAAGCCCGAGGACAGACCCACAUUUGUGGCCCUGCGGGACUUCCUGCUGGAGGCCCAGCCCACUGACAUGAGGGCACUGCAGGACUUUGAGGAGCCAGACAAGCUGCACAUCCAGAUGAAUGAUGUCAUCACCGUCAUCGAGGGAAGGGCCGAGAACUACUGGUGGCGGGGGCAGAACACGCGGACGCUGUGUGUGGGGCCCUUCCCGCGCAACGCGGUGACCUCCGUGGCCGGCCUGUCGGCCCAGGACAUCAGCCAGCCCCUGCAGAACAGCUUCAUCCACACGGGGCACGGGGACAGUGACCCCCGCCACUGCUGGGGCUUCCCCGACCGCAUUGAUGAACUGUACCUGGGGAACCCCAUGGACCCCCCUGACCUGCUGAGCGUGGAGCUGAGCGCCUCCCGGCCUGCCCAGCACCUGGGAAGGCUGAAGAGGGAGCCUCCACCUCGCCCUCCUCAGCCUGCCAUCUUCACUCGGAGUAAGUGGGGCCGUGCAGGACGCCCCUGCCCCCUCUCUCCUCUCUCCUCUCCUCUCCUCCUGGAAGAGCCCACUUACGACCCUGUGAGUGAGGACCCGGACCCCCUGGCCGGGGACUUCAAGAGACUGGGUCUGCGCAAGCCAGGCCUGCCCCGGGGGCUGUGGCUGUCGAAGCCCUCAGCCCGGGUCCCAGGCACCAAGGCAGGCCGUGGUGGCAGCGGCGGGGGCGGCGAGGUUACCCUCAUCGACUUCAGCGAGGACCCUGUGGUCCCAGCCGCUCGGCCCUGUGCACCUUCCCUGGCGCAGCUGGCCAUGGACGCCUACUCCUUGCUGGACAAAACUCCUCCCCAGAGCCCCACGCGGGCCCUGCCGCGCCCCCUGCACCCCACGCCGGUGGUGGACUGGGACGCGCGCCCGCUGCCCCCACCCCCUGCCUACGAUGAUGUGGCCCAGGACGAGGAGGACUUCGAGGUCUGCUGCAUCAACAGCACACUGGUGGGCACUGAGCUGGCCCCUGCGCCCUGCCAGGGCGAGACCAACUCUGCCUUCGUGCCAGAGCCCGCGCGGCGCCCCCCGGCGCUGGAGGACAACUUGUUCCUGCCCGCCCAGGGCGGGGGCCCACCGCCCAGCUCGGCGCAGACCGCCCAGAUCUUCCAGGCGCUGCAGCAGGAGUGCAUGCGGCAGCUGCAGGUCCCCACAGGCUCGCUGGCGCCCUCGCCUGGCCCCGGGGGUGACGACAGGCCCCAGGUGCCGCCCCGCGUACCCAUCCCCCCGCGGCCCACGCGCCCGCGCGUUGAGCUAUCUCCGGCCCCCUUGGGAGAGGAGGAGCUGGGCCGGUGGCCUGGACCUGCAUCCCCGCCUCGGGUACCUCCCCGGGAGCCCCUGUCCCCACAAGGUUCAAGGACCCCCAGCCCGCUGGUGCCGCCUGGCAGCUCCCCGCUGCCACCCCGGCUCUCGAGCUCCCCAGGGAAGACCAUGCCUACCACUCAGAGCUUUGCCUCCGACCCCAAGUAUGCCACCCCUCAGGUGAUCCAGGCUCCUGGCCCCCGGGCAGGGCCCUGCAUCCUGCCCAUCGUGCGCGAUGGCCGGAAGGUCAGCAGCACCCACUACUACCUGCUGCCUGAGCGCCCGCCCUACCUGGAGCGCUACCAGCGCUUUCUCCGGGAGGCGCCGAGCCCCGAGGAGCCGGCCCCGCAGCCCGCGCCCCUCCUGCUGCCUCCGCCCAGCACCCCGGCCCCCGCGGCCCCCACCGCCACCGUGCGACCCAUGCCCCAGCCCGCCCCGGACCCCAAGGCCAACUUCUCCACCAACAACAGCAACCCUGCCGUCCGGCCGCCCGCCCUGCAGAGGGGCUGCCCGAGGGACGGGCCGGAGACCGCGCGGCCCGCGGACAAGGUCCAGAUGCUGCAGGCCAUGGUACACGGGGUGACCACAGAGGAGUGCCAGGCUGCCCUGCAGAGCCACGGCUGGAGCGUGCAGAGGGCUGCCCAGUAUCUGAAGGUGGAGCAGCUCUUCGGGCUGGGGCUGCGGCCAAGAAUGGAGUGCCACAAAGUGCUGGAGAUGUUUGACUGGGACCUGGAGCAGGCCGGCUGCCACCUGCUGGGCUCCUGUGGCCCCGCCCGCCACAAGCGCUGAGCGGCCUCUGGAGACCGAGUGUCUGCCCUGAGGGAGUGGCGUGAGCUGCGCACGCGCCGGCUGGGGAGGCCGCCCGCCCGGGCCGGAGGACCUGCUGUCGCCGGUUGUUCCCAGGGCAAGAGUGAGGCCGGCGCCCGCCCUGCCCACCCCUCACCCAGCACCGUCCCUGCGCACGUGGUUCAGUCCCCAGUGCCCCCGCCAGGAGGUGGGAAGGGCCCUGUGAGCCGGCCGGGAUGUCCGAGGCUGGGCCAGGCCCUGCCCGGGGGACCAGACUGAAAGGAAGCGAGCGGGACCGGCGGGAGACGUGUGCCCACGCAGAGGCGCCAGCCCCUGAAGGCCGUCGCCGGGCUGGGAGCCCUGCGGGCCCCGGGGGUCGGGCAGGAUCGGACUGCAGCCUGCUGUGGACUGUAGGCCUGUUACGGGGUCUACCCGUCGUAGGAUCUUACGCCUGGAGAUAGCCAGGGUGGCUCAGGAAGCGGAGCGGAGGUGCCAGACCGUUUUCUGGCAGGGACCAGGGCCCAAGGCCCCAGGGUUGGAAGACCAAGGGUCAGCUGCCCUAGAGGGACACCAGUGCUUCCUGUCUGCACCCAGCUCUUCCUCUGUGCCGUUGUUUCCCACCAGCCUCUGUCGCCAAAGCUGCUGUCCCAGCUGUCAGUAUCUGCUUCUUCCAGAGAAAUAAAGUUAGUUUCUAUUUUAUGUUA